AUGCUCCAGCUUGGACCGUACUCCGCUUGGGUCGCCUUCGAUGGCUACGACCGACGAACAUACGCCACGGAGGUAUCGCAGUCCGGUUGCUGCAUAUCCGGUUGGAUAGCAUCGGAACGAGAGAAGAAAUUCUCAGUCAACUGGCACAACGCAUUGCGAGAUAUACCAUUGGAAGGAGUAGUGUCUAUUGAUGGCGUUGUAUGCAGUACGCACGUCAUGCUGGACAAGUCAACACGCCCACUCGCUCCAGACGAGAUCUCCAUAUCCUAUGCUAGAUCAUCGGAUCUAACGCGAAGAGAUUUUGUCUUUUCGACUAUACAAGUGACGGACGAGGACGAGUACCUGCACACCAUUGAUAAUCAGUAUACUUUUGGCGUCAUUGAGCUAGAGCUCUGGCGGCUGGCGGUAUCCAAUGUCACUGCUCGUCAACCACUCCGACACCAAUAUGGCAAACCGUCACUUGAACCUCAGAUAUUACACGAACGGUCAAAAAAAGGCGGUUCUCAUCAUGUCAAAUUCGGUGAAGAAUACAUUUCUCAUCCGUCAACAGUCGACCUUGUCACCGGGAUGCGGAUUGAUAAACAACCUUUCGUCAAGUUUACGUUCAGAUACAGAUCUAUGGGUACGUUUCUUUGGGGACUCCAUAGGGAUGAGAUGCUGAUGCACGUCCGUUUACUUUAG